AUGAAGCAAAAACUAAAGACUCAAGAUAAAUUAAAGCAAUGGGAUGUUGGGGGAUCGAUUAAUCUAAAUUUAAUGUGUUGCGGUCUCUGUAAGCAUGGUCCGAACUCUCAUGCUUACCUUUUCUUUGAAUGUGACUACUCUUCGCAGGUAUGGAACAUGGUUAAACCACUUGCUUCAUUGGAACAGAACUCUUGGGAUGAUAUUGUCAAGUUUUUGCUAACAAAUUGGCAGUCAAAGACAGCUAAGAUUGUAAUUGGAAAACUACUUGUUGCUGCAACGACUUACAUGAUAAAGCAAGAGCGCAAUAACAGGCUAUUUUCUUUAAUAGAACGGCCUGUUAACCUCCUGCGAGACAUCAUUGUCUCCACAGUUCGCUUAAAGCUUGCUACCUUGAAGUUUAAAAAGAGAACAAAAGGGAUGAAUAUUUUGGACAAUUGGAAGCUACCUAAGCGGUAG